CAGAGUUAUAACUAGAGUUAUAUACAUUUUUGGUGGUUUUUGUUAGUUCUUUGUAUCUACAGUAUAAUCAUAUGAAAAGUAGGAGUAGUACUACGAACACAAUCAUCUUUUCAAUGCCAAUAACUGAAACCUCAACCGGAAACCUACUCUAUCUAGCCAUGAUCGCUUCUACAACAGUACCACCUACACUUUGUUAUAUAUAUUUAGCCUGUGUGACUUCCGGGAUACUAUGGUCAGGGACAGCUGAAAAUUGCGUGAGGGUAUACCCAUGCUGUACGACUAGUAUUAUUGUGACCUGUAGCUAAUAUCAAAGCAGCAUGACUUUCCUUAAUCUUUUUCCAAGGCACUAUAGAAGAGAAACUUCAUCGGGCUGCGAUGUUAUCCCUACGAGCCCCCUCCUCCUCUAAGAG